AUGCGUGCUUUCCUCCUCUUUGCGUUUGUGUCUUCGUCGUUGGUGCUUGGGCUGGCGCAGAAUUCAAGGAACGCCGACUAUCUGAGAGGGGAAGGGGACAUCUCGUCUUGUACCUUGCAAGAAGCAUUGAACAGAGCUCGACGAUGCGGGCAAACCGCAGCACAGAGACGGGCCCACUUUGUAGAGCUAUCUACACGACAAACAUCGGAUAUUGAAGCGACUCCUAACGAGUGUACUUGCAACAACAUAUACUUCAAUGUUUGGAGCGCAUGCGCCUUGACGAGUGGGUCUCGCCAGCUACCCUCCUUAACAGACUGGAGAGGGAUAUGCCAGGACGCGGAUGUUCCGUUCAAUCAUGCGCUCCGAACCCCGCGUAUCGACACAGUAGCUAUCCCCGCUUGGGCACAAUUACCGGCUGUGGGCGAUACUUUCGACAUUAUGAGAGCGGUAGUUGUCGCCCACGGUUCAACAUGGAGACCAAUCCACAUCAUCGCGCCCGUCGCUUCAGCUGUGGGCACCAUGGUCAUCCUUGGAUUGAUGCUUCUUUUGGUUGGGAGAAAACGAGCCUGCUUCCGCAGAGUCAAAGCCGCCUUCCACCCGUCGCUUCAACCUGUGCGCUACGAGAAGGCGAAGGAAGAUUGGACGAUUGAUCGGAACGAAGAAGUACCGACGUUCAUUGGUCCUCGACCCUCUGUCACUGAUAUCUCGAAUCUUUCUGUGGUGGAUCAGAGCUAUGUUUUCGGGCGCCAAAACUCUGUUCAGCAGCCGGUGCAUCUCCAGCCUGCUGUCCCGGUCGAUAGGAAGCCUUCCCCACGACCAUUACCCACUGCUUUGCCGAAUGCCAACCAGUCCUCCGUGGUCGAUCUUAACGCCAUUGACAGUAGUCGAUCACAACUCGCGCCGCUGCCUCUAUAUCUGACCAGCGACGAUGGCGCCUCGCGGCUCACCCCUCCACUGCAGUCCAAAUGGUCUGAGUCGGAACACCAGGCUUCAUUGGAAGCACUCCCUAUUACAGCAACCCAUACUUCGAAACGAAUGCCUGGCAGUGCGACGCUGCAUUCCGUCGUCAACCAUUUGAAGGGCGUUCCUUCCGCAAUUCCGAAUCCAUUCCGAGCUAGGCCUACGCGCUUAAAGCACGUUUUGCCUAAGCCCGGUUUUAGGCUGGACGACUACGAUGCCGCAUCGGAGGCUGGUCGACGGGCGACGCAGGAUAGCGCUCUCGACAUGGCUGCAGACCGCGACCCUGCGUCAGAGGAGCGAGAGACGCUCAUUUCAGAGGAUGAUAGGCACCACAAUCGUGUGUUCUUAAUUUCAAAGGUGCCUGGCGAGAACUUUACGAUUGGGAGCAAGACGGAGAGUCGGCAGAGUCAUGGGAAUGUGACGGUCAGCAAUGUGAACUCUUCGACUGUGAAUUCCAAUAUCCAAGUCGUGACCCCAACCACGGAGUCUUCUUCGGCAGCGCCAUGGAAAUCUUUCUGGAAUAAGAGGAGGAGCGAUUCCAAGGACAUACCUGCUGUCGUCCCUCCUGCGCCCCAACAUCCCCCUCCUCCCGCUCCCACAGCGUCCAGCUUCAAGACACCUACCCCAAGCUUCCCCCUUCGAGAGAUCCCUGAUGAGUCUACAUCAACUCUCCAGCGCUACGACUUUGCGUCUACUAUGCCUCGUCAGCCCCCCGCCACCGAAUUAAAUACGAACGGCGACUCGAGCAGCAUCAACGGUCCAAUGUUGCUACAGCCACCAUUCCGCAGCAACGUCUACGAUCCCGAACGAUACCCUACACCCCCUUCCAUUGCCAAGAAGCCUAGCAACGAAUCCUCCGUUUCUGGUCACUACAGGCUCAACUCUGACAGUUCCAUUAGCCUGCUCAAUCUGAUGGAUGUCGACGCCGGCGCCAAUCUCGCAUCAGCCAUUCCCCCUCCCCGGCCCACAGCCUUCGUUGCAAACGGGUACCACCAUACCCGAGGGGCGACGAGGCCUAAACAGCCACACCAACCUCAGCCGCAGCCGCAUCGAAGAGGGUUAUCUGACGACGAUACGGCCUCGUUCUAUUUGACUCCGAAUUCUCCCCCGACUCAUGUGAGGAAUUUGUCGCAGGAGAAUUUGCAUCCUGAUAGGUCUAACCCGGAGCUGCUGUUCCCGUCGUCUGUGAGAGCUGUUGGCUACUCGGGUGGGGCAUCGUCGUUGCGUAGUGGCCAGCGAUAA